AACGCCUGUACCUACAUGUAGAAUCAGAUAGAGGCUCCCAGUAGGAUGCCUAAAGAGAAGGCAAAUAAAGUGUUAACCCUUUCCCGCAUGAUUGUGCCAAAUUGUCCCUUUAUCUAUUCCCGCAUGAUUGUUCCAAAUUGUCCCUUUAUCGAUUCCCGCAUGAUUGUUCCAAAAUGUCCCUUUAUCGAUUCCCGCAUGAUUGUGCCAAAAUGCCCCUGCGUUGUUUAUGGUUAUUUAUUUUCAUACCUGUUACUUUUUUAUUCGCAACAAAUGCUUUUUUGUAUAGUGUAAACAUCGAUUGAUAUAUAAAUCGAAAAAAAAUACUAUGUUUCUAUUUAAAGAUUUUCGAUAAAUCUUGAAUGAAAUGUAUUGGGGUCAAACGCGUGUUCGAAGUUCAUCGCGCAUGCUUGGAAGCGUUCUUUUCCAUGGAAAACUACCAAGUAUGUCAUCAUAUAUUUAUAUCCACCAAUAAUAAAAUAAAACUAUUGAUAGAGCCCGUGACGUCACAGGUCAUGGUGCAGGGUCGUGUUAUUGUCGGAAUCUUUUGAUGCUAAACAAACACGGGCAUUGUUUUCGUCUGGGUCGUAAAAACAGGGGACAUUUUGUCACUUCUGUUUCUUUACGGAAUGCUAAUCCCGUCAUAAAAAUACGCCCCUACUUCCGUUGAUCAAAGUAAGUAUAUUGUUAUGAAUACACAGAAAUAAACAUCUGUUGAGACAAGCGAAGAAUACACAAUAAUAUUUUGGUACAUAUUCAGUCGAUUUGCCAUUGAAUUUCAUAACCGAAUUUCGGCUCUUAUUGACAACUUUAAAACCUACAUCUACUAAGUUAUGGCAUUUAAUUUUGACAGCGAUGAUGACGCGUCGGUAUUUUCCGGCUUUGGUGAGAGUGACAUCGGGUCUGACGUCAAGUUACCAACCGAGGCACUCGAGCACGAGGAGAGUGAGACGUCUGAUGACGACGUGUCUGAUGAUGAACCCGUACAUGCUGAUGGCUGGACAUCAAAUUUCACUGAUGUGCCGAUUGAUGACUUCACAGAGACACCAGGGCCAAACUUCCCCGAUGACUUUGAUGUGGACCACGCAACACCUCUUGACUAUUUCUGGCUUGUAUUCCCAAUCCAGCUCAUCACCCUGAUUGUCCAGCACACCAACGCCUACGCCCAGUGGGUCCAGGCCAGGGAUGGUUUUGACUCCUUCUGGCAUGAGACUUCGGAGGCUGAGAUGAGGGCAUUUCUGGCCAUCAACGUCCUGAUGGGCAUCCAGCAGCUGCCAGAGAUAUCUAUGUACUGGUCAUCCCCUUCAUUGGCAACCCAGGCAUCAUAGGAACAAUGACAUGCAACCGUUUCCAGAAACUAGACCAGUACUUCCAUGUGUCUGACAGGGCCUCUGAACCAAGGUGUGGUGACCCUGGGUAUGACCGCCUGUUCAAGGUCCGUGAAGUUAUGACAGCUGUUAUGGACUGUUUCAAACGUGCAUAUACAUUAUCUAAAGAAGUUGCUGUGGAUGAGGCAAUGAUAAAGUACUCUGGCAGACUGUCUUUUCGGCAAUACAUGCCUAACAAACCCAUUAAACAUGGAGUAAAAGUGUGGAUGCUGUGUGACAGCCGAAGUGCAUACUUAUGGAACUUUGAUGUGUACCUUGGCCGCCAGGACAGGACUCAUCAUGACCUCGGUCAUGAUGUGGUUAUGAACUUAACUCAGGGAGUGCAGAAUUCUAAACGCCAUAUAUAUUUCGACAAUUUCUUUACGGGAUUACCACUCUUGGAAAGCUUGUUAGGAAACGGAUUGUACGGUUGUGGGACAGUUAGAGAGAAUCGUAUUGGUUUUCCGAAAGAUCUGAAGAAGCCAAGGGAUGUUCGGCAGCGGGGGGAGUUCAAGGUGCUUCAGAAGGAUGCUGUGGUGGCAACCGUAUGGAAAGACAAACGUCUCGUCUAUCACCUAUCCACGUUGAGCCAGCCUGCGGACAUACGAGAUGCCAGGAGACGCGUUUUAGGCAACCAUCUAGAACUUCAACAGCCACACACUGUUUAUGCUUAUAAUAAAUUUAUGGGUGGAGUGGACCUACAUGACCAAUUCCGGGCGAAAUAUAACAUUGGACGCUGUGGUAAAAAGUGGUGGCGCUACAUAUUUUGGUUUAUUUUAAAUUGUUCUAUUGUGAACGCUGGAAUAUUGUAUCAGCAAGCCGCAACCAGGCGAACGAAGAAGCGAAGGUUUACGAACCUCAACUUCAGAGAAGAGCUUCUCAUGGACUUAAUCGGAGGAUAUUCGAAGAAGCAUUGUGCUGUUGUAGAGCAGUUGCAACCCCCUCGUGUGGCUGAUGGGAAUCAGGGAUUACAUGUUAAUGUCCGUUUGUCUGGAGGAAAGACAACAUGCAAAUAUCACAGUCGUUUUUUGAAGACCACUAACAUUCCUCGAGUUGUGUAUGGCUGUGCUGUUUGCUUAGUGCAUUUGUGUAAGGAAUGCCACAUGCCCUAUCAUGAGGCAGUGCGUGUACAGAGGGCUCCUGCCAGGCCAUGAACUGUUGAAUUGAAAUAGUAUUUACUAUAUAUUUCAAUAUUCAAUGAACAAUUCAACAUGUAUAUAUUUUUCCUUGUUUGUUGUGUACAUAAAAGUGUAUUAUAGGUUUAAAAAUUGAAUUAAUUCAAUUUUCUUUUUAAAAUACUCAUCUUUAAAACCAUGUUUGUUAAGUUUUGUAUA